CAUCCCUUGUGGGGUAGGUCGACGCGAGGCACGCUUACGAGCCGACGCGCAAUAAACAUUCGUCGAAGUCGAAAGCGCUACCGAAUCGUUUCGCGCUUCGGUUUCUCGUUUCUCGGCGAGCUUCCUCUCUCCGGUUCCUGCGCAACACGGGCUCUUCCAGAUUCGCGACUUCCCAGAAAGAGAGAGGACAGACCCGGUGGCGGUUGAUUCUCGAGGAACGGGCGUGAUCCGAUCGUUCUCUGCCGCGGGAGUCAUCCCCCGGCACGACGUUGCAACGUCCGGACGAUGUAAAUAUCCAGCGGCCGUGUCAUCGAUUCGACGAGAACCGCAGCCACGGACCAACCGUCGGUCUCCAACGAUAGAUCGACGUCGAUAUCGAGGCUAACCGAGGGAACUGCAUACCGAGAAAGAAUGGCCGAGAAAAUGUACUAUUGGGGAGAGGAGAGAGAUCAAGUCGAUUCGGACCAGACGUUCAUAGAGUUCAAAGUCAAGUCCGCGUCGGAGAAGGGGAAAGACUCGUCGAGGGCAGUUCCUAAGAUGACAGUUUCGUCGCCGCAGGGCAAAGUGACGGAAUUCAGAAGCCGGGAAGAGGAUACGGAACGAGGUGGCUGGGACAACAAGCUCGAUUUCCUUUUCUCGUGUAUCAGCGUGUCCGUGGGUCUCGGCAAUGUUUGGCGGUUCCCGUAUCUGUGCUACAAAAACGGUGGCGGAGCGUUUCUUAUCACGUACGGCAUCGCCAUGGUGUUUUGUGGGAUUCCCAUUUUCUUCCAAGAGGUUGCCAUUGGCCAGUACCUUGGCGCUGGAGGGAUGACCCUUGUGGGACAGCUGUGUCCUUUGUUGCAAGGUGUUGGAUACGCCACAAUGACGAUUGUAUUCUUCCUGGACGUGUACUACUGUAUCAUAAUCGCUUGGACGCUUUUCUACUUUAUAAGCACCAUCGUGAAUAUACCUGGAGUACCUUGGAAUGGCUGUGACAAUUGGUGGAACACCAAGGAUUGUUACGAUGCUUCCAACGUAAUCGACCAUUUGUAUAAUGCGAAUAUCAGUUCGAACAAUACGAAUUCAACGAUCAAUACCACUUUGCAUCACACCACACCGGUCGAGGAAUAUUGGGAACGACGAGUUCUUGGGAUCACCUCCGGUAUCGAAACCAUCGGUGGGAUACAAUGGGAGCUGUUGGGUUGUCUGAUUCUCGGCUGGCUGCUCGUUUACUUUAUCAUCAGGCGUGGCCUACAUCAGAGCGGUAAGAUCAUCUGGUUUUCAGCCUUGUUCCCGUACGUGGUGCUUUUCAUUCUUUUGGGAAGAGCGGUGACGUUGGACGGCGCCAAAGACGGAUUACUAUACUACGUCACGCCGAGAUGGAAGGAGUUGCUCGCACCCGGUCCAUGGAUCGACGGUGCCACGCAAAUAUUCUUCGCGUACAGUAUCGGUACCGGAGCUCUGCCAGCUUUGGGAUCGUACAAUAAGUUCCACCAUAAUUGCUAUAAAGAUGCGCUUAUCACUUGUAUUGUGAACACCUUGACUUGUCUUCUGGCUGGUUGCGUGACGUUCUCCAUAUUGGGUCACAUCGCGUCGGAACAGGGUACCGAAGUGUCCGAAGUGGUGAAAAGCGGGCCGGGUCUUGUCUUCCUCACGUAUCCGGAGGUCGUGCUGAAGCUUCCCGGUGCUACUAUGUGGGCCAUAAUCUUCUUCGUCAUGCUACUCAUACUUGGAAUCGACAGCGAGUUCUGCAUCGUGGAGUCGUUCAUCACCGGCGUCGUCGACAAUUGGCCCGAUUCCCUGCGACCCCACAGAAAGAAGUUCACCGUUGCCAUUUGCUUCGUUAUGUUCGCCAUGGGGAUCCCGAUGGUCACCAACGGAGGAGUUUACAUAUUUCAACUAAUGGAUUUCUACUCGGCGAGCGGCAUGUCGAUUCUCUGGGUCUGUUUCUUCCAAACGAUCGCGAUCUCGUGGAUCUUCGGAGCGAAGAAAUUUUGCGACUGCAUUCACCAGAUGAUGGGCAUUAGGAUGAACCAAUUUUGGUACAUAUGCUGGGUGGUAUUGGCGCCCGUGAUCAUGGCCUUUAUCUUCGUAUUUCAAUGCGUUCAAUACAAACCUUUGAAAUACGGGAACGAUUAUGAGUAUCCAACGUGGGCGGAAGUGGUAGGCGUGUGUCUCAGUUUUUCAUCGAUGAUUUGGAUACCAGGGUACGCUCUCUAUUACGUUAUCGCGUCUCCAGGGUCCAUUAAAGAGAAUCUCCUGAAAGGCUUGAAACCAAACAUAAAACUGCAUCCGAAGCUACCGAAGGGCGAGAAGUCCCCGGUGAUACCGAUGUCCGAGAGCAGCGCCGGCUUAAUUACCAAGAACAGCAGUUUCCUAAGUCAAACAUGAUCAGCGUAAAUGCUCCUUUAUUCCUAAAUAGAUUGUAAUUACCGUAAGAGUGUAGUAUUUUUAACGGAUUUUAAGACGCGAGGCCGGUGGUUAGCAAAUUGCGAUCGUUCUAUCGUAGAAAAUGGUUAGCAAGAAUGCUAAACGAUUGGCGAGAUUCGGUUUCCAUCGGAUCGAUUACUCCUAUUCAAAUUCAGGCAAUUGUGUAACGGCUUUCAAACAUGUUUCUUUCGCUUAAUCUACUUUACACCAUGCCUAUUUCAUUUUUUUAUACCGAGUAGAAUUUAAGCUCGACAAAAGUAGCCAAUUUUUGGUCCACGAGGAAGUUUGCAUGCAAAAAUGUCCCAAACAUCGCGCAGUCGUUCGAAAACCAUUGGAAAAAGGUACCUUCUCGAUCGCAAAAAUAUUGGGACGCUGGUAUAACUUUGAUUUCCGCGCGCUAUAUUUUUAAUUAAAUAUGCAUCGAAAGGAAAGAAUCCUUUGCGGUACGUUAAAGUAGGUAUACACACGGUAUAUUGCGUACGAUCUUUUGUCGCUCGACGGUCUUUCCACGCGACGGGUAGCAAUCUCUGCGUUAAACGGUGCGAGCAGAAUCAUGACAAGGGUAAACCAAUGUCGUCACGCGACGAAAUUAAGCGACGAUCGCCGAGUGAACCAGAACGCCGGCCUCGUUCCUCUUAUCAUUAAAUGACACACCGGUAUAUCGUUGCGAAACAUGUCGCAACUAGAGAAAUAUAAGAUGGGUGAAAGCAGAGGCGAGUAGAUAGUCGACUACGCGGAUCUUAGAUACUACGAUAGCGGUUUGCAACGCUAGGAGAGGUCUAUUUUUUCCAUCGCGACGCGGCUCGCGAUGCGUGUACAACGGAUUAUUAAAAGGAAAAAUAGUUUAGUUGAUAGCUUCGCUGGUUUAACCUAAGGGAACACACGUUCUUGCAACAAAUAGCACCGAGAGGAACGAGAACGUAUUUGCAAGAUAUUACUCGUAUCCCCCCUUUUUCGAGUUAACAGAUUUUUCUACUUUAGUAGUUGGAGACUAAUUGAAAACCGCCUUAGGAGAUCCGUAAACUCGUAAAACGACAACAUUUUCCUCGAACGUUACCGUAGCUUUUAGCUACCGUUUUUAUUCAGGUUUCCCAAUCUCCAUAGUCACAGGGCACCGUGUAUAAAGAAUGUUUAAAAAGUAUGGGAGUACCAGUGAAAGUUGAAAUUGAUAAGGUGGCGAAGCCUUGUUCAUUGGCAUCGCGUUGCAAGCUAGUAGCGAGAUAACGUUCCAAAUAACAAGUUCCAACACACUUUUCUCAUGUUUCUGAAAGUACAAAAAAAAUUAGAUUUCUUUUUUCGAAUUUAUACAUCCGUUUAGUUUUCCGUGUAACAAAAAUGUAUUUUGUUGAAUGGUGUCGAGAAGCGUGCGAUGGAUCGGGGUUUCGUUUAUUCGGAUAAGAGAUAUGCCAAACUGGAGACAAUGACCGAUACCGACAUAAAGAAAACACUUCGAACUAACGUUCCGUAUGCAUUGCGAUCAAAAGACGACGCAUCGAUCUAAAGUAGAAAAAUCGUCCGAAUCGUUUUUUCAUUACUUGCGCGUACAUUUCUCAGUGGACAAGUCUACAGGUAAUUUAAUUCACGGAGGUACUUGACAUUUUAUUUUUUAUAGAAUACGAAAGCACACAACAAACGGUUUCUCCGAGCAUUUUUUUUCUCUUCGUAUCGGAUGCAUUGAACUGCAAAUAAAAAUUUGUGCCUCGAUAAGAAUGCUGUUGUUCGAGAUCUAAUCAAAAAUGAAAAUGAUAAAAAUAGCUGCGUACACUUUCUACCGAAUUUUAUAAUACUGUUACGCGUAUCGAAUAAGGUGUAACCCAAUUUUUUUUUCCUCCGUUCUAGAUUUUAUCAUUAUUCUCGAGUAUGUAAACGCGUUAUUUAUCCAGAAAACGGAAGGUUUUACGAGCAUCUUUUCAGACAUCGUUUCUUUCCGCCUGUACAGAACUUGCCAUCGAUACAGUUUAUGUUUGUAUAAUGCUCGCUUGAUAAAUGUGGCCUACGAAAAUUGAUGUUCACGCAGAUAAUUCAGACUCGAUAAUGAAAAUCGUUGUCACAUAUUCAUUGACCCAUCGAAUGGUUCGCUUAAAAUUGCGCAAUCUUUGUUCGACCUACAAUCUUUUACAUUUUUGUAUCACUGUGCAAAAUGCUACACCGUUCGCAGUACAAAUUGUGUGCACAACCGUUGCUUGAUUUACUAUUAAAACUCGAUAAUCGAUUUUGGGAAGACCUCGUUUGUCGGCGAUGUACAUUUAUGCGAAUUUUUCCGUCAGGACAAGCGUAUCGUGCGAUUUACAAACUCGAAGGUCGAGGUACUAAUUCCGAUAUACACGUUACUCCAACCUUGACCCGACCGAAAUUUCCGGUUUCAUUUUCGAGAUCUUAAUUGACUAAACUGCACCGAGUUGCUCGUAUCUUCGCCAGCCCCGGCAGAGACGCUAGGAAAACGGCACUAACGGAAUUAUCGGAUACUGUGUACAAUAAGCAUGGAACGUGAAAUUCGAUCGCGGUUAGCGAUGCGCCGGCACGCAUAAACGGACGUUUGGCACGUAAGCAAUAAAACUACUCGUAGUGCAAGGAAUUGGUAUUUGAACACGGGCCUAACACGUUCGAGCGUUUUAUUUUAGAUUUAACCCCCUUGUAGGCUACACGCGACUGGCACGUACUAUUUGCGGAGUUUUGAAAACGGUUGUUGAUGUUGUACGAUAUUAAGAAAUGUUUGAAAGCUUUAUAUACGAUGUUCGUUUAUAUUUUAUUAUCGCGUUGUUGCGGCGCAGUAUCUUCCAAAGAUAGGGUAAGGGUCGCGAGCGUGCUGUGAAUCCGCGAGAAAUACUGUCGGCAAUUGAAACGGAACGCAGUUUCGCCCAGGUUACGGCAGACGUAGGAAUUAGCUUCCCCGAAUUUCCAAAUUCGGCGACUCCUUACGAAAUAUUUCCUUGGAAUUACUUUCACCGUGUAACGAGUAUUACAUUAUACAUAGAAGAAACGUUAACUCCUAGAGAGAGAGAGAGAGAGAGAGAGAGAGAGAGAGUGUUAAAUAUGUGUAUUAAUUUACGAUCGAUAGAAUUGUCUUGCAGCGAAGCCUCUCACCGGACGACAUUAUUUUUGGCUAACGAUAAAAUUACGAUCGUUGUCGGUUUUCACCAGGCGUCUUAUGUCAGUGUAUCGUAACGUGUAGUAAAGAUUUUAACGACGAAUA